UCUUUCAGUUUGUCGAGAACGUUUGAACGCAACGGGACUUUUGGAAAUCGUGCGUGCAGGCGAACCCCAAAAAAAGCUGAGCGAACAGCAAAAAAAAAAAGAAAAGAGAAAAAAGAAUUCCAAAUUGCAAGCAAACGCGCUGAGGAAGAAAUGUGCAAAAAAAUAGUGCAAAAAUAAAAGCCAAAAGCGCGUCAAGCGAAAAUGUGCGGGCAGCGUGAAAAAAGCUAAAACGAGAACAAGUGUAAAAAUGUAAACUACAACACGCACACACACAACCGCACAACGCAUACGUGAAUGUAAGUUGCUGCAGCCCAGAGAGAAAAAAGCAGAGAAGCGACAGUAACGCAAAGCAAAGCAAAGCAAAAAUUUUUCCCCGACGCGCACAACAAUAAAGCGAAAAUGACAGCAAUACGUUUAAGCAAUAAGAAAAUGCUUGGCCAGCAGCGCCAAAUGACAACAACACCAACAAAAGCAACAACAACUACAACAAGACAACAUCAAUAACUCAAGAUGAAAUGCAAGGAAAGAAUAGAAGCGACAAAGUAAGCAAAGUGAGUUAGAGGAAAACCCAAAAAGCAGAAGAAGAAGAAGAAGACGAAGCAAAGAAUUACUACUUUACUCAAUCAAGCAAGUUGAAAUAAAUUAAGCUAAUUAAAUCAAAGAAGCUGCCGUUAAUGUGUGAAAGCUUUAACUAGAACUAAGUCCAAGUGAGCCAAAGAAAAAGAGAAAAACUUCAAAUACAAGAAGAGCAAAAUCAAGAGAAGCUCAAAUAGAGAAAGAGAGAGAGAGAGAGAGAUCACAGUGAAGCCUCCAUUGACCGCCGAAUACCUCGUGAAUCGCCUCGUCCCACCAUCCCUCCUCCCACACAAAGAAACAAAAACAAAAAAAACCAAAAACAAAUACGCCCCGUGAUCGUCUUGGGACACUGAAACAUUCCACCACACAGUAUGGCCUCGGUCGCCGCUUGGCUGCCCUUUGCACGGGCGGCGGCCAUCGGUUGGGUGCCGAUUGCUACGCAUCCAUUGCCACCGCCUCCCAUGCCCAAGGAUCGUCGCAAAACGGACGACGAGAAGCUGCUGAUAAAUGUCUCUGGUCGUCGGUUUGAGACCUGGCGCAAUACGUUGGAAAAAUACCCGGACACGUUGCUCGGGUCGAACGAACGGGAAUUCUUUUACGAUGAGGAUUGCAAAGAGUAUUUCUUUGAUCGGGAUCCGGACAUCUUUCGGCACAUACUCAACUAUUAUCGCACUGGGAAAUUGCAUUACCCGAAACACGAAUGCCUCACCAGCUACGACGAGGAGCUCGCGUUCUUUGGCAUCCUGCCGGAUGUCAUUGGGGAUUGCUGCUACGAGGACUAUCGUGAUCGGAAGCGUGAGAAUGCCGAGCGCCUGAUGGACGACAAAUUGUCGGAGAAUGGUGAUCAGAAUUUACAGCAGUUAACCAACAUACGCCAGAAGAUGUGGCGUGCCUUUGAGAAUCCACACACAUCGACCAGUGCGCUGGUCUUCUACUAUGUCACCGGCUUCUUCAUUGCCGUCUCCGUCAUGGCCAAUGUGGUAGAAACAGUGCCCUGUGGCCAUCGGCCCGGACGUGCCGGCACCUUGCCCUGCGGCGAACGUUACAAAAUCGUAUUCUUCUGCCUGGACACCGCCUGUGUGAUGAUCUUCACCGCCGAGUAUUUGCUGCGUCUCUUUGCGGCGCCCGAUCGCUGCAAGUUUGUGCGCAGCGUGAUGAGCAUCAUCGAUGUGGUGGCCAUUAUGCCGUAUUACAUUGGUCUGGGCAUCACGGACAAUGAUGAUGUUAGCGGCGCCUUUGUCACGUUGCGUGUGUUCCGCGUUUUUCGCAUUUUCAAAUUCUCCCGCCACUCGCAGGGUCUUCGCAUCCUCGGCUAUACGCUCAAGUCGUGCGCCAGUGAAUUGGGCUUUCUGGUCUUCUCACUGGCCAUGGCCAUCAUCAUAUUCGCCACGGUCAUGUUCUAUGCCGAGAAGAACGUGAAUGGCACAAAUUUCACAUCCAUACCGGCGGCCUUCUGGUACACAAUUGUCACCAUGACGACGUUGGGCUACGGUGAUAUGGUGCCGGAGACAAUAGCUGGCAAAAUAGUCGGUGGUGUUUGCUCGCUCAGCGGAGUGCUGGUCAUCGCCUUACCUGUACCUGUUAUUGUAUCGAACUUCAGUAGAAUUUAUCACCAGAACCAGCGCGCAGACAAGCGUAAAGCGCAGCGGAAAGCACGGCUGGCGCGCAUACGGAUUGCCAAGGCAUCAUCGGGAGCUGCCUUUGUUAGCAAGAAGAAGGCGGCAGAGGCGCGCUGGGCUGCACAGGAGUCGGGCAUUGAGCUGGAUGAUAAUUAUAGGGAUGAGGAUAUCUUUGAACUGCAGCAUCAUCAUUUGUUGCGGUGUCUUGAAAAGACAACGGAUCGUGAAUUUGUCGAGUUAGAAAUACCAUAUAACGGCCAGCCAAAGCGACCGGGCUCGCCCUCGCCGAUGGCCAGUCCCGCCCACUCGACGAACAGCGCUGCGGGUCUGUUGCAAUCUUGCUGCGGACGCUGCUGUUCCCAGCGUUAUCAGGCUUGUGGCAAGUAUAUGCCAGCUGCCAGCAAUGCUCAAAAUAGCCAAAACAAUCAGCCAAUGGAUGGCACCUAUCUGGUGGAGGCUUCGUUCUGAGCCAACGGUGGAUAAGGCAGAGAAGCUGAUGCUGAACUGGAGUUGAUGAUGAUGAUAAAGCUGACGAUGAUGCUGAUUUACGUUUACAUUUAGUCUAACUUGAAAAGUUUUUAAACUAAAUUGAAUUUGUUGUAGACACAAAACAAAACUAAACCAAAAAACAAGAAAACAAAAACAAAAGUAAACAAUGUGUAAUCUAAAAAUCUCUAAAAUCUGAUUUUCGAGUUAUAUGCAAAGUAUAUUUAAUUAAAUUUUGCAAAAAACAUCAAAAUGCAAACAUCUGAAUGUGUAAAAUGUAAUUAAAAUACAAACAACACGACGAAUGAACAAUACACAACACAAGCUACACAUUAAAGAGGUUAAACAUAGAAAGAGGAAAGAUGAUAGAUGUAUGAUGAGUAGAAACACCCGAAAACUUAAUUACCAAACGGCAAAGUCGGAUUUGAUUAGCGAGACCCCGUUAACAAAUAUGAAAAAUAAGAAAAUAUAUUAAUAAUAUGCAACACUAUUUACUUUAUAUAGGUGACAAGACAACAACAACAACACAAGAAAUAAGCAACAGAAGCAUUUUAGAGGAAUUUACUGUGUAUGUUUUUAAGCGGGCAUUAACAAAAUAAAUUAUAAAAAAAGAAAAACAAAUAA